AUGAUAUACAAUCUACUAAAAAUUCAAGACAAAGAGGGCAUACCUCCUGAUCAGCAGCAGCUCAUCUUUGCUGGCAAACAGCUUGAAGACAACAGAUCCGUCAGUGACUACAAUAUCCAGUUUGAAUCCACUCUUCAUUUGACACUCACUGGCAAGACCAUCAGGCUUAAAGUGAACAGAGAUGAUACCAUUGAAAAUGUGAAAGCAAAAAUUCAAGACAAAGAGGGCAUACCUCCUGAUCAACAGCGGAUCGUCUUUGCUGGCAAACAGCUUGAAGACAGCAGAACCCUCAGUGACUACAAUAUCCAGGAGAAAUCCACUGUUCAUUUGGUAUUGCGAUUGAGAGGUGGUAUGCAAAUUUUUGUCGACACUGGCAAGACCAUCACCCUUGAAGUGGAAGCUAGUUAUACCUUUGAAAAUGUGAAAGCGAAAAUUCAAGACAAAGAGGGCAUACCUCCUGAUCAGCAGCAGCUCUGCUUUGCUGGCAAACAGCUUGAAGACAACAAAACCUUUGUUGACUACGAUAUCCCGAAGGAAUCCACUCUUCAUUUGGUAAAGCAGUUGAGGUUUGACAUGCUAAUUUUUAUCAAGACACUCACUGGCAAGACCAUCAGGCUUAAAGUGAACAGAGAUGAUACCAUUGAAAAUGUGAAAGCAAAAAUUCAAGACAGAGAGGGCAUACCUCCUGAUCAGCAGCAGCUCUGCUUUGCUGGCAAACAGCUUGAAGACAACAGAACCCUCAGUGACUACAAUAUCCAGAAGGAAUCCACUCUUCAUUUGGUAUUGCGAUUGAGAGAUGGCAAGCAAAUUUGUAUCAAGACAGUCACUGACAAGACCAUCACACUUGAAGGGGAGACGAAUGACACUAUUGAAACCGUGAAAGUGAAAAUUCACGACAUUGAGGGGAUACCUCUUGAUAGGCAAUUGUUAAGCUCUGCCAGCAAACUGCUCGAAGACAGCCAAACUCUCAGGGACUACGACAUUCAGAAAGAAUUUACUUUUUAUGUGGUAUGGCCACUGAGACAUGGCAUGCCAGUCUCUAUUAAGACACUCACUGACAAGACCAUUACGUUUGAAGUGAAGAGGAGUGAUACCAUUGCAAAUGUGAAACAGGAAUAUCCGUUCAUGGAACACUUAACUCUCAUGGAGAGGGUUGAGCCGGCAGCAUGUUCAGGACAAGAGGAGGUUGUUAGUUCUUUUGAUUUACAAGAAAUUGUUGUUGUUGGUGAUGUGACGGCUCUCAGUUCUUCAUGUCUCGAUUAUUACGUUGUAGGUCUCAGCUUCAAAGUGGAAGGCAGAGACGACAUGUACAUGUUUCCAUCUCUUUUGCCUCGUAAGAAGCUGUCUGUCAUAUGGAAGAGAGAUGAGAGUAAGAAAGUGUAUGUCGGUCGACGUCAAGUGUGCAGCAGUCAGAUGACCACCUUCAGUUCGUCUACAUUCGGUAUGUUUCAAUCUAAGAUUUGUACUACAUUAGAUAAAAUGGCACAGCUGUGGAGGGAUGGACUGAUUUUAUCGCAAGGUCAUGCAGUUCAUUCUCAUGUUGAGUGUUUGGUGGCCAAUCACAUAGUAGAUCUUGUUCGUUCUGUUGACUUUGUAUGUCGUGGAGGUAAAGGAACAGAAGCAGAAUGUGUUUCACUGCUCGACACUGUCAUGUCUCUUUGGAGAGAUAUGUUAGACAGAUACAGUCCAGGCACUAAACAUCAAACUGAAUUUUUGAGCAGAAAGCAUUUAGAAGAACACAGAGAACUGACACAAGUUGCUGUUUACUCUGAUCAGCAAAUUAAAGAAGCAAAACAAACGGGAGAAGGAGCAAAUGCUGCUGUUAAACAAGUAGUUGGCGAUGAGCGAGUGGUAGAAAGUCUUGGUGACCUGCUGGUUGUCAAAAGUCAGGCAGCCUUGGUAACAUUGAGUGCUGUUGCAAAGGCUGUUAUUACUGAGGGUUCAGCUCAAUGGUAUUCAUUUGGAGCAACACUAGGGUUUAGUCAUGAUCGUAUUGAGGCCUUGUGUCAUGAUAAAGUGACUCCUUCUGACAAGUUGUUUGCACUUGUCCAAGUGAAGGCAAACCAAGUUGGCCCUGUGCAAAUUGACGAUCUGCUCUUGAAGGCAUGUCAACUUUUGCCAAUUCCUAUUGAUGGUGUGGUCAAGGAAAAGCUUAGAAUUUAGUGAUGACAUGGAAUUUGACAAAAAGGAUUUGUUGAUAAACAGGACACCAAAUAAGUGUCCAACAAGUUUAGCUGAUACAUGUUUGAGCAUCUAGUAGUGAUGACCGUUAUGGGGAUUAUUGUAUCUCUAGUUGGUGACAUUAUAGAACAAGGAAUUUUUAUAGCAGUUAACC